GAGUCUCAGGCGUUCAAGCCCCAGCAGCCGGAGCAUCUCACACCGCGCCUUUCAGAGCCCCGCCAGCCGCGGCCGAGGCUCCGGGACGCGGUUUGGGGGUAACUGCAGCCCGGCACCCGGGCGCGCUGGCGGGGCGCGGCGGGGGCGGUAAUUUGGAGAGGAUCCCUUGGCGGGCCCGUGUGUGUCGGUGAGCAGCGGCAGCGCUGGCAGCGGGGCGAGCGGCGGCUGGGCGGCUCCGACUGCCUGACGCCAGCCAGACCAGAUCAAUCCAGGCGCGGAGGCAACGCCAGCGCGGGGCUCCCCCUCCUCACCGCGCCUGCCCCGGCCCCCUCACCACCCGGCAGCCGGUAACAACUUCGCGUCCCCUCGCCUCUCCCCGCUGUGCCCGCGCCGCCCUCCUCCUCCUCCUCCCCCCUCCUUCCUUCCUCCCUCUCCGCAGCCCCGGGUGGUCCCCGGCUCCGGGGCAGGGUGCGGGUAGCCGAGCCGCGCUCCUCCUCUUCUCCCCGGCAUGAUGGCGGCGUCCCUCCGGCAGCCCGGCGGAGAUUCGGGGCCGCUUCCCCGCCCGCUGCUCCCGGCUGGAAGUUUGUGGGCUCUCAGCCAGAAGAUUUCAGAAUGAGGAGGUCACAUCUGUCAAGGGGGGAUGUCAGCGCUGCCUUCCUGGGACUGGAGGACUGAAAAGGAGAAAAGAGCAGAAUUAUUUGGUUCAGGCUGCUUUUGACUACUGACAUAAUCUGCUGUACCCUGGUGGUGGUAGAAGCACAGGACAGUCUCCUCUUGAUUCUGUGGUACCACCGCAGUGGGGUCACCAUGAAUGUGACAAGUUUAUUCUCCUUCACCAGCCCAGCAGUGAAGAGGCUGUUGGGAUGGAAGCAGGGGGACGAAGAAGAAAAGUGGGCGGAGAAAGCUGUUGAUGCAUUAGUGAAAAAACUGAAGAAGAAAAAAGGUGCUAUGGAGGAGCUGGAAAAAGCGUUAAGUUGUCCCGGUCAGCCCAGCAACUGCGUGACGAUUCCUCGCUCCCUGGACGGCAGGCUCCAGGUCUCGCACCGCAAGGGGCUGCCGCACGUCAUCUACUGCAGAGUGUGGCGCUGGCCGGACCUGCAGAGCCACCACGAACUGAAACCUCUGGAGUGCUGCGAGUUCCCCUUCGGGUCAAAGCAGAAGGAGGUUUGCAUCAAUCCCUACCACUACAAGCGAGUAGAGAGUCCCGUCCUUCCUCCGGUGCUGGUUCCAAGGCACAGCGAGUACAACCCUCAGCACAGCCUCUUGGCCCAGUUCCGCAACCUGGGGCAGAACGAGCCCCACAUGCCGCACAAUGCUACUUUCCCGGACUCUUUCCAGCAGCCCAACAGCCACCCCUUCCCCCACUCACCCAACAGCAGCUACCCAAACUCGCCUGGAAGCAGCAGUAGCACCUACCCACACUCUCCAGCCAGCUCAGACCCAGGAAGUCCUUUCCAGAUGCCAGCUGAUACUCCCCCUCCUGCUUACCUGCCUCCGGAAGAUCAGAUGACACACGAUACCUCCCAGCCAAUGGACACCAACAUGAUGGCACCCACAAUUGCUCCUGACAUCCACAGAGGAGAUGUCCAGGCAGUUGCAUAUGAAGAGCCGAAGCAUUGGUGCUCCAUUGUCUACUACGAGCUGAAUAACCGUGUUGGGGAGGCAUUCCAUGCUUCUUCCACCAGCAUCCUGGUGGAUGGCUUCACUGAUCCUUCAAACAACAAGAACAGGUUUUGCCUGGGGCUGCUCUCCAACGUUAACCGCAACUCCACCAUUGAGAACACAAGGCGGCAUAUUGGCAAAGGUGUUCAUCUCUACUACGUCGGUGGGGAAGUGUAUGCCGAGUGUCUGAGUGACAGCAGCAUUUUUGUGCAGAGUCGAAACUGCAAUUACCACCAUGGGUUCCAUCCCACCACAGUCUGCAAAAUCCCCAGUGGCUGCAGUUUGAAGAUCUUUAAUAAUCAAGAGUUUGCUCAGCUUCUGGCUCAGUCGGUGAACCACGGCUUCGAGACGGUGUACGAGCUUACCAAGAUGUGCACCCUGCGCAUGAGUUUUGUCAAGGGCUGGGGAGCUGAAUAUCAUCGCCAAGAUGUAACGAGCACUCCAUGCUGGAUAGAGAUACAUCUUCAUGGUCCCCUUCAGUGGCUGGACAAAGUACUCACUCAGAUGGGCUCUCCUCAUAAUCCUAUUUCUUCAGUGUCUUAAAGGGUCCCAGGCUCUGUGUUUUGGAAACAAUUGAGCCUUGCAUGUACUUGAAGGACGUAUGAGUCAGACACACACUUUUUUAAUCUCUUUUUUUCCCCUUGAACUGGCAACAGCUGAAUGAGAGCCACGAAACACUUGACUUCUGUGACCAACUGUUGGAUUCAGAGGAAAAAAAACCAACACCCAAACAAAAUCCCUUUUGACAUACUGCUGGUAUCACGAAUUUUAGUUUACAUUGUAAUGUACUAUUGCAAAGUUGGUUUGCAGGGCUUAGUGCGAUGAGGAUGCCCGAGCCAAAACCACAGCCUGCUGGACCCAGUUCCUGAGGGACCUUCCUGCCCCUGGCAUUCUGAGAUUCUCUCUCCUCCUUACAUUCUCCCCGUGUCCUCUGGGGCUAAGAGCCCAAUGUUGGUGAAGUCUGCUUUCUGCAGGUUCUCUGCAGUGCAUUUGAGCACUGUUUGUCUACGCUGAUUGUUGCUGUUCUCUUGAAAACAAAAAAAGGAAAAAAAAAAAAGCUAAGGUUUAAUCUCAGUAACUGCCAUAAUCUCUGAAGUUGUGUCCUGACCAUACUGCUGUAAGAAUGUUAGGUAUGUUUUUUGCUAAAUGUAUGUACUGUGUAUUUGAAAGUUUAGCAAUUCAUUAGAAAUAGACCAUAAAGGAAUUAGGACUGUUUGAAUGGGGGGAGGUGGGGGCGGGCAGGGGAAGAUGACAACUGAACUGUAGAGUAUAUUGUAAACAUAGCUCCUUAGGGUAAACCAAGGUCUGGCUUUUGCUGUGCAUUUCAUUUUUAUAGUGGCUUCAUCUUGUUUAAUUCUGCCUGGGUUUGCCUCUUCAUUUUCUCCCCCCCUACAUAGUUGCCCAGCUGGCUAAUUGUUUUGCCUGUGAAGAGGACAGAAUGAUUAACUCCUGCAGUCUGAAAGCUGCAGCUCUGUGUGUUUCAAGACAAAAUUGUACAGAGUGCUCUUUAACUAGGGAGCAGUUUUAUACAGUUUAUGUAACAGAAGCAGGCUUUUAGUUUUUUAAGAGAAUCUUGUUUUGCCAAACCUAGUAACUGUUAAUUGUUUGGAGGACUUCAGAAUCCCUGUGUGGGUCUAUUACAUACUUCUAAAAGAUAUAUAUUUUUAAAUUUUGGUUUGUUUGUUUUUUACUGCUUGGUUUAUUUUCUUCUCUUCAAUCUUUUAUAUUCACAUCAGCUGUAGUACUUUAAGUACCUUUAUUCCAAAACUAGUGGGUCCUCUUUACUGGAAGAUUUGAAUAAAACCUGUUGUUACUGCUUACAUUUGAUUAAAA